GACAACGAACAUAUUAGAAUGUGAUAAAGUCGAGAAAUGAUUGGUCGAGACCUGAUGAUAAGAGGUGGAGCGUGCAGCCAUUAACUGUCGGAUUUAUUUGUUAGAAACGACUCAGUAGCUUUACCUACAAGUUCACCAGACAUUCUUCUCGUACUUCAGCAGCCAUGGUUCGAGUCCUGCUCCUCCUGUCUGCCUGCGUCAGUCUCUGUGUCUGCUAUCAGUGUCCAGUCAGCUGGAGUGUUCAUGAAAAUAAGUGCUACACCUAUAUACACCUCCGUCUUCCGUGGAUCGACGCCAUUGGCACUUGCAAGACUCUUGGCGGCCAUCUUGUCGAAAUCAACUCGGCCACGGAGAAUCAUUUUGUGAGUCGACUAAUGCACAGUAAAGGAGUUGUCUGGAUAUGGUUGGGCUUUAACGACUUGGUCAAAGAGGGCCGUUGGGUGUCUGCCACUUCCAACCAACCAAUGGUAUAUCAGUCCUGGGGUUGGGGUGAGCCUAAUAAUAGUGGUAAUCAGGACUGCGGACAAUUGACCAGCAAUGGUGCGUGGGAUGACCUCAGCUGUGACCCCGGCACCAAGUUCACUUUUGUCUGUCAACGCCUGACGGUCUGAACCCUGUGCCAGAUGAUAAUCUUCAGCUGAACACCUAGAGAGAAUUCUUCUAUCAAUAAAAUAAAGAAAAAUUGUCAGCUCAGUCUCCCAGGUGUGAGGACUCAUCGAUCACGACGCCCCCUACACACAAGUGACGUCACAGACGGUGUUAUCACCAGUGUUACACCACGUCCAUGAACGUCACCCUUUCAUCAUUUUUGAAGGUUAACAAGCAAAAAUUGUGUCCAAUGUAACAAAAAUAAUAAUAAACAUUUCUUCACUUAA